CCUUUAUAUGAGAGUCUGAGAAUAUUAUCGUACCAGUUCGUACACUGCAUGACUGUUACCAUCUUAUUAAUAUUAAAAAGCAAUGACGAAGUUUGUAUUACUCUGUGCCGUGCUCGCUGUCCUGGCAACAGGUACAACGCCAUCUAUCGUCAAAUCCCCAUCAUCCAGAGCCAGCUUGUACUAUGGAUAUGUCAGCCCUGGUGAUAGAUUGCUGAACAGGACGUACGUUCAGAAAUUAGCAAUACCUAACACAGUCCAGAGUCAGGAUGUGGCUUACCGUGGUAAUAUCACAACUAGGAUCACUGCAAUCCAAGUGGUGGAGAUUGGAUAUACUCAGUGGGCGACCCCUUGGUUGAUAGCGGGAGGUAUUGGCGGGAACAAUGUGACAAUAAGAGUACAAUCCGCUAGGGGCUACGGGUAUUAUUAUGUAAUUGAUAUUUGGGGACGAUAGAUUUAAUACUUUGUAAUUUUAACGAUCAAGAAUUAAAGAAUGGCUAAUUUA